AUGCACAUACUGCUGACAAACGACGAUGGUCCUCCGGACCCACACGCCUCGCCCUACGUCCGACACCUCGUACAGCACAUAGUGCGACGCCGCCCAGACUGGCGCCUGACCAUUUGCGUCCCGGACCGCCAGCGGUCCUGGAUCGGCAAGGCUCACUUUGCUGGCCGCGAUGCACACGCGAGAUUCGCGUACAUGGCCCGAGACGCGACAGACGAGGCUCUUCUGGGGCCCUUCCCGCAGCCACAGCGUGUGACGCCCGACUCCGCGCUCCCUUGUAUCGAGAAUUCUCUGGUCCCGGAAGACGCAAUCACGUGGUGUCUCGUCGAUGGUACGCCUGCGACCUGUACCGACAUAGGGCUCCACCACCUGUGCAAUUCCGACAUCGAUCUGGUCAUCUCUGGGCCCAAUGUCGGUCGAAACACGUCGGCAGCGUACAUCACGUCCAGCGGCACAGUUGGUGCCGCCAUGGAGGCCGUGUGGUCUGCUGGAAAGCGUGCAAUCGCCGUCUCCUGGGCAUACUCUCACGGCAACCCACAGGUGCGUGAAGACAUCCUCAUCGCGGCAGCGGAAAAGACGUGCAGUGUGAUCGAUGCCCUCAUCGGCCACUGGCACCCGUCAGCGCACUUCUACAGCGUCAAUGUGCCGCUCAUCGAGACACUGGGCCCACAGACGCGCGCCGUGUACACGCACAUCUGGGAGAAUACCUGGUGCUCCAUUUUUGAGCUGAAGGAUGACGGCACUGCCCGCGAAAGCUCGGACUCGGACGCAUUGCAGAUUGCUGAUGCGCGUGCCGAACCACACGGCAUCACUUUCCGCUGGAGACCUAAUUUCGCCCGCCAAAGGAACGUCACACACACGGCUAAACCACUUAACGACCUCGCUGCAGUUGACGAAGGUCACGUGAGUGUCACUGCCCUUCGGGCGGUAUUCCAACAGGUCGAACCGCUCAAAACCGGCGAGUUGCCGCUUGAAGUAGCGCAAAGUUUACCGUUUGAAUCGAGCCGUAAGCGCAACACUCGUCUUCUGCUCUCAGUACCGUCCAAUGACUAUAUUAGAAUGCCUCUGCUGGAAGCCUUUGCGAGGCACGUGCCGGAGGUGAGGAUAACCGAUGCUGGCGGAAGUGCGGCGCUAGCACAUGCUGCGCUCAAGCAUGCUACUGCUGGUGUUAACGCGAGGGUGUUACAUUAUGGGGAGUACGAACAUAUAGAUUUUGAUCGGUUGAGUCAACCCAGUGGCGAUUAUUACGCCAACUGCUACGCUUAUCGGAAGGCCCUCAUCCGCAAACAUUAUCUGGCGCACACGGUGCGCGCAUAUGUGGCCAAAAAUCCUAACGCGCUUCUCGCAAAAGCAUUUAUGGAGUCCUUCCCUAUAAACGUUGAUUAUGCCGAAUUUUUGGAUGACGCCCUGGACGAAGCCUGGGAGCUCCGCCAGGAACUUGAGCGUGAGCAAAAAUGGUGGAUUUUGAAGCCCAGUAUGAGCGACAAGGCACAAGGCAUCCGUGUUUUCAAGAGCGUGGAAGAGCUGCAAGCUAUUUUCGAUUCUUUUGAGGAAGAAGGAGUUUCUGACGACGAUGAGAAGGGGGAAAACCAUGAUACACGUGUCGUAACGUCUCAGUUGCGGGACUUUCUGGUACAGGAGUACCUGUUGAAGCCACUUCUGUUGCCCUCAAUGGACAAUCGAAAGUUUCACAUUCGAUGCUAUGUCACCAGCCGCGGCGAUCUACAGGUGUUUGUGUUCGAUCGCAUGUUGGCCUUGUUCGCUCCUUCUGCUUUCGUUUCUCCAGCCGAGGUCUCGGAGUACUCGCCUACCGACAUCAAUGCCCUCGCAUGCCAUUUGACCAAUACUUGCCUGUAUGUUGAUGAGAAUUUUAUGAAAACGAAUGCAGUACGUGAAUUUGACGACUUAUCCGACCUAUCUACGGAUGAGAAACUGAGAAUCAAAUCUCAAAUACAUGAAAUUACAAAAGAGCUCUUUUUGGCGGCUGUGACUACAAACCGCAUGAAUUUCCAGCCUCUUGAACGUGGUUUUGAAAUUUACGGACUUGAUUUUCUGGUUGACGAAAAUUUGGACGUAAAGGUACUCGAAGUCAAUGCGUUUCCUGAUUUCAAACAAACUGGCGAAGAGCUGCGCUCCCUGGUUGAGGAGCUAUUUGAUGAAGUCGUGAAGCAAUGCGUCGUGCCCAUUGUUACUGGUGGAAACGCAAUUUCUGCAGGCCCUAACUUCAGUAAGGUUCUCGAUCACCAGUCCCACAACUGGUAA